AGUUGACUGAAGUGCUUUUAUAUUUAUAGAAAGAAUAUUAAAUGCAAGUAAAGUAUCUAUUUAUUAAAAACAAAUGUCAAAUAUAUUUUAUCAUCAUUCAGUCUAACCUUUAUAAAAAAGUUAAUCAACAUAUUUAUCCUCACACUAACGUUAGCUUCAUUUUAAAUGAUUAAAAACAGAUAAAUGUGCAAAACCUAGUCGAUUGAAGGUGUUUAAUAGAUAAUUCAUUAUUAGAGUCGGGUGGCGUGGUGGCGCAGUGGGUAGCGCUGUCACUUCACAGCAAGAAGUUCGCUGGUUCGAGCCUUGGCUGAGUUAGUUGAAUUUCUAUGUGGAGUUUGCAUGUUCUUCCUGGGUUUCCUCCGAGUGCUCCGGUUUCCCCCACAAGUCCAAAGACAAGCGAUAUAGGUGAAUUGGGUAAGCUAAAUUGGCCGUAGUGUAUGUGUGUGAAUGAGUGUGUAUGGGUGUUUCCCAGUGUUGGGUUGCAGCUGGAAGAGCAUCCGCUGUGUAAAACAUAUGCUGGAUGAGUUGGCGGUUCAUUUUGCUGUGACGACCACUGAAUAAUAAAGGGACUGAGCGGAAAAGAAAAUGAAUAAAUUAUUAGAGCCUUUUAAUAUGUCAUCAAACUAAUUCUGUUUUAAAUAUCAUACGAUGAUUGACAAAUAAUGUAUUUCUCCACUGAUAGCCAUAUUACUGGGUGUCUUCUGUAAAUCAUGGUAAAAAUGAAUAAAAUACAAAAUCUACAUUUUAUUUUAAUGUUUUGAUGCUUCAAAUUAGAUCGAUAAACUAGUAUGAACAGUGCAUCAUGCUUAAGGUGGGUUUUGAUGAUGUAGAUUUAGUUUGGGAGGGGACAACAUUUCCUAAAUUGGGGUCCAGUCUGCAAAACCUGUGAAGCACAACAUCUUCUUAGCUCCAAGAAAAGGACGUACCUCGCAUAAUCAAAGCUGCAAAGGAGGCAAGAAUGAAGUGGAGUAUGUUUUUUUGUGUGUUCUUGCUAUGUUUUCUUGCUAAUAAUCUUGGUGGUGCCAGAGUCAUUCCUGAAGGAGUGCCCUAUGAAAAGCCCCCAGCUGUUCCCUACUGGUCAUAUUCCACCUCGGAUUUCUGGAACUAUGUGGAAUAUUUCCGCAGCAUUGGGGCCUACGACCAGAUCAAUCAACUGGCCAGAACUUUCUUCGCUCAUCAGAAUCUGGGAGACACCCUGGGUUAUGAAGUAGCUGAGCAGCAUGAACAUUAAAAGUGUCUCUGUUAACUACUAAACACCAUUUAUAGACCUAUAAUGAUGAAUCUUGUGUCAUAUCCUUAAAUAUUACUAUAUAAUCAUGUAUAAAUCUGUUAAUGGUUUAUUGUAGUGAGUUUAUAGUUUUUAACAUGCAUGAUUGUGUUGGAUUAUAUGACAAAUGCAGUUACAAAUGUAAGGAUUAAAACAAUAAAGUGAUAAAGUGUCAA